AUCCAUGCAGCAAAGUCAUCUGUUACAAUGGGGGUAAAUGUGUAGCCAGUGGAACUGUUGGAGUGUGUCAAUGUCCACAGGGAUAUGUGGGUACCUGGUGUGAAACUAAACAAGACCCAUGCAGCAAAGUCAUCUGCUAUAAUGGAGGUAAAUGUUUAACCAGUGGAACUGUUGGAGUGUGCCAAUGUCCACAGGGAUAUGUUGGUACCUGGUGUGAAACUAAACAUGAUCCAUGCACCAAAGUCAAUUGUCACAAUGGAGGUAAAUGUGUAGCUAGUGGAACAGUUGGAGUGUGUCAGUGUCCACAAGGAUAUGUUGGUACCUGGUGUGAAACUAGACAAGGUCACAACUGUGCCAUUGGUCUCAAAGCAGAAAUAAAUGGAGUGCACUGA